AGUUGACAAGUUCAAACAUGACGCAGACUUGGGAAAUUCAGCAUCUGGUGCAGAUUGCGCGCCCUACAAUUGAUGUCCAUGUGGUGGACAUGCGCCUGGCCUAAUGAUCUCCUUACCCGCAACCUAGUCCAUGGCGUCACUGUCGUUUUUUCAUCUUUCUCGCUGGAAUCCCGCUAAGUCCCGUGCUGGCCUCUCCCCUCGCGCCCCUGCAGCCUCUCGGCGUGGGCGGAGCAUCACAGCAGCUGUGGAGUCCUUCCGCCUGCCCAUCACCGCUGCCGCCCUCACCGCGCACCGUCGCUGCGACACCCGCCUGCCGCCAGCACCAGUCGUGCUGUCCCCCGUGCGACCUCUCGUUUGCCCGGCGGCCCCGCGUGCCUCCCGCGGACGCGCUUCAUCCGCGCGCCUCUCGUCGCCCUUCACCGACGCCCCUCCCUCUCUCCGCUUCACCCGCCGCGUCCGCCACGAGCUCUCCUACCCCCGCCUCCUCCCCUCAACUUCCCUACCCAACUCCUCCGGCCGAGCCUCCCGCAUAAGUAGUUUCCGCCGUGCCUUGCGGUCUGGGCAGGCGCGUGCUUUCCUCGCGCUUCUCGCCCCCUUGCUCGCCGCCCUCGGCGCGGCCUUCGCUGCCGUCUCCGCCGCCCUCGCCGCGCUGCCGGUUACUCUGACGGCCACCUCCGUUGUUACAACCACCUUCGCAGCGAGCGCGGCAGCCCUGUCGUUGGUGCUGCCGCUGCUCCCUCUGGUGCUGGGCGCGGUGGGCACAGUGGGAGUGGUCUCCGUGGGUGUGCUGUGGCCGCUGCUGGACCGCCUCCUGUGCCUCGCGCUGCUCCUCAACUUCGCCGCAAGCGUGCUGAGCCUCGCCAGGGACUCGUAUAGGCUGGGCGACGCGCGGCACCGCAGCCUGCAGGACCCAACGCUGGUGAGAAUAUGGGCCGCGGAGAGGUACGAGGACGCGUACGACCAUGGGACCUCCGGGGACGAAUACAGCAGCAGCAGCAGCAGGAGCCGUGUGAGAAGCAGUAGUGGGGAGGGUAGCAGGAAGGGCGAGGGCAUGGUAGCUAGCGUGCGAGAGUUUUUUCUGGAGGCAGGCGACCCUCGGUUCGACUGGUUCGUGGCUGGAGUGGUGAGCUUGAUCCCCGGCGUCAACGGCGCGGCAUGGCUGCUGGCCUCGUGGCACUCGUCGCCCUUCCUCUCCCAUGGCCUCAAGCGCCACAUGGCCAAGAACGCUGCAGCCUAUGGCCUGACCAGCCUCGCCUCCCUCCUCGUCUUCGCCCUAGGCUUCCCCUCCCCCACCUCCCUCCUCCUUUCGCCCUUCUCUUCCCUCACCUCCUUCCUUCUCUCGCCGUUCAGCCAAUCAGCGGCCGCCACUGCAGCAGGAUCAGCAGCUGCUGGAGCGGUGGCAGCAUUAGGGGGGGUGUCGGUGGUGGGGUAUGGCAGCAGCAGUGCGUGGUGGGUGAGCGUGGUGCUGGGGGCGGUGCACCUGCAGCUAGAGCGAGUGAGGGCUGUGAGCAUGCAGGAGAGCAGAGAGGUGCUUCGCGCCUUUGGGCGCGGGCUCAAGAGAACGAGAGAGGCGCGACGAGGGCGGAUCAAGGGGAUGGGUUGGUGGGAUGACCAGGCGGGGGGUGAUGCAGAUGAGGGGGCUGGCAACGAUGGUCACGCCCGAAGCAAUAGCAGUAGCACCGGCGGGAGCUGGGGUGGUGAUGUGUGGAUGGAGGCAGAGGAGCGGAGGCGGCUGCAGCAGUUUGAUGCGAAGCUCGUGGGGAGGCCUCUGCAGCAAAUGGGUACGCCAAGCAGCCAGACACAGUGGCUUGGGCACUAUGGCUAGGGCUACCACUGUGGGGUGGAGGGGGGCAAAAACCGUGCAUGCCCGCCGGCAGCAUGGACAACAGACGAUGUGGUAACAUGGCUCACAGCAGAGGGCUUUGUCUCCUAUGCAUCUGCGUUCCUCCACCAUGCUGUCUGUGGCCAGGUGUUGCUGGACUUGACAGCAGAGGACCUGAGGGAUGAUCUGGGGGUGCGCACUCUAGGUGACAGGAAGAGGCUGCUUUCAGCCAUUGCACAGCUCAAACUGUGGUUUGGCUUAGGGCAAGCAUGAGCACACGGGUGGGUGGCAGGGCAAAUGUAGAGUUGGAGUUGUCAAACAUAUCUUUGUAUGUUGUUAUAGACUAUAUAGGGUUGUGCCUUAGGGACUACAGCCCUCUAGGUUAUAUUCCCUUGUAUGUCAUUGUUCUA